UCCUGGACAGCCCCUGGGAGCGAGACUCAGUUUCCCGCUGUCACCCCUUCCCCGGCGAUUUUUUUCCCUUGCCCUCCUUGGUGCCAUUUUCUUCCCAUCACUUUCCUCUUGCCUGACCCGCGUCGGGUUUAGCCAGCGUAUUUUCCAGUAUUGGACCAGGUCUCCAAGCGACCGAUCAGACCGGGCCUUUCUCCAGCUGCCAGGCUCCGAGGGUUCUCUCACUGCACUUUUCUCUCUCCCUUUUGGGUAUGUCUGUCUGGUUCGGCCUUCCAGGAAAUGGGUUUGAACAUUAACAAGCCCUGCAGCUGCACCCCAUCUCAACUAACACCCCCCCCAAAAGGACAGGCGGUAGCAUGUUUACUGCCAUCUAAAAACACCGUCAGACGGGGGUAAAGGGAGAUGGUUGAAAGGAAAACCUGGCGUAUCCCUUUGCAUUUCAAAGGUUGCACUGAUUCAUCCCGUGUUUCCUCCCCAUGUCUUGAAUAAAUAGUUAAGAUUCCUAACGGGGUCUUGGCGGCUGAGAACCCCCGACUAACGUUGACUAUUUAGCACUGUCCCGCUGCAGGAUCACGUUGAGAGCAGGAGCUGUUUAACUCCAUCCACGGUCAAACAAGCCACCCCCCCAGAGUCCGCCUGUGAGCAUGUGGCUGUACCUGGCUGCCCUGCUGGGGCUGUACUUCCUGCGCCGAUGGUACCGGGAGCGGCAGAGCGUUGAGGGCCUCCCGGAGAAAUAUGUCCUGAUCACCGGCUGCGACUCCGGCUUCGGGAACCAGCUGGCCAAGCAGCUGGACGCGCGGGGCCUGCGGGUGCUGGCGGCUUGUCUCACCCAGCAGGGCGCGGAGCAGCUGAGGAAGGCGACGUCGGAGCGGCUGCAGACGGUGAUCCUGGACGUCACCCGCACCGACAGCAUCGCCGCAGCCACCGCCUGGGUGAAGGAACAAGUGGGGAACAAAGGGCUCUGGGGCCUGGUGAAUAACGCAGGGAUCGCAUUCCCCACGGCUCCCAAUGAGUGGCUGACCAAGGACGACUUCGUCAAGGUGCUGGACGUGAACCUGAUUGGCCUGAUCGAGGUGACGCUCAGCUUCCUGCCCCUGGUGAAGCAAGCCAGGGGCCGGGUCGUCAACGUGGCCAGCACGAUGGGCCGCGUGGCCAUGCUUGGAGGGGGCUACUGCCUGGCCAAGUACGGGGUGGAGGCAUUCUCCGACAGCCUCCGGCGGGAGCUCCUUCCUUUUGGGGUCAAGCUCUGCAUUAUAGAGCCGGGCGCCUUCAGGACACAGAUCUUAAAUUCCCAGCUCUUGCAAGACAUGGUGCAGGAGGUGUGGGGCCGGGUCCCCGCCGAGAUCAAAGAGUCGUACGGACAGCGCUACUUCGACACCUAUUACGAGCAAUUCCUACAGCUCGUAGCCACGGCCAGCCCCAACCUCUUCCUGGUCACUGACUGCAUGGAGCACGCGCUGACGGCCCGCUACCCCCGCACCCGCUACUCCGGGGGCUGGGACGCCAAGCUGUAUUAUAUCCCGGUCUCUUACUUGCCAACCUGGUGCCAAGACUUCCUGCUGACUCUACGGGAGCCCAAACCAGCCCAUGGCAUCUAGGGGGAGGCGGCGAAGCCACCCAGGGGGCCUGCGCGGGCGAGAUAUUACGGUUGAGAUGGCAGCUUCUCGCCAUGUAACUUACUAGCUUCUGGGGUGCAGCGCGUUGCUUGGUUUCAAGCCAGCGGGGUGGGACUGAUCAGGUGUCGAGAGCCAGGUAGGGUGAGAUGUUAGUGGGGUGGGGGUAGGGGUUCUGCUGCUUUCGCAGACCAGCUUCUGCUGGGUCCUGCUCAUUUUCUGCUUCACUGGAAUGCAAGGGGCUUCACCGUGCCGAUGGGGCCCCGGGUGUAUGAAUCGAAGGGAGGCACAGGAGAGGUCUGGGCUGCUCGGGCAGUUACGGGAGUGCGGCAGGAUUCAGGGGAGCUGGGUGCCAUUUCUGACUUUGUCACAGACUGACUGCACAAAUCAUUUGCCAUGCCUCAGUUUCCCCAUCUGUAGAAUGCAGGCAGUACAUCUUCCUGGGUUUAAACUGUGAGCUCUUUGGGGCAGGGACUCUCUCUCACUCUGUGUCUGUGCAUCACCUAGCACAACGGGACCCUGAUCAUGGUGAGGGCCUCCAGGUCCUACCAUAAUACAUGAAACAAUCAAUUUAAUUGCAUUGAACUCUAGUAAAAUCACUGGUUUCAGGCUCAGGCAUGGGGAUGGUAGAGGCCUCUCUGGCCUUUUUUGUUU